AUGUUUUGGAGACGGACACAAUACAAUGGCAACAUGUUCGAUAAGUGGCGACGCUGCUGAUGAAAUAAACGAUCCAGGAGCCGCUCCUUAUGGCAACUUCAUCAACUAUUACACCUUCAACCCUCCGGAGAACCGCUUGAGUCUGAUUCCCGCCACACUCCUGCAGGAUUUAGGUUACAGCGACGGUCCGCAGACCACCCUGAUCCUGGACGUGGGCUGUAACUCAGGGGAACUGAGUGUCGCCUUUUACAAGCAUCUGGUGCAGGAUCCUGUGUGUGAAGAAGAGUCAGGUAGGAGGAAAGUCAACCUCCUGGGAUUUGACUUGGAUGAGAUCCUCAUUCAGCGGGCUCAGCAGACCAACCCUCUGCCCAGCAGCAUCUCCUUCAUCCCUCUGGACAUCACCGAAGACACCGACCAGCUGCAGGACUACCUCCACCAGCACGGCUGCUCCCGCUUCCACCUGUGCCUGUGCCUGGCUGUCACCAUGUGGGUCCACCUGAACCACGGAGACACCGGGCUGCUGCAGCUGCUCUCUCACCUGGCCUCCAUCAGCCAGCACCUCCUGCUGGAGGCGCAGCCCUGGAAGUGCUACCGCUCCGCAGCCCGGCGGCUGAGGAAGCUGGGCCGCUCGGACUUUGACCACUUCAAGGGCCUGAAGAUCCGCGGGGACGUAGCAGGACAUGCCAGGGAGCACCUGGAGACGCACUGCGGCAUGGAGCUCGUCCAGAGCUUCGGCAGCACCUCGUGGGACCGGAAGCUGCUGCUCUUCAAAAGGAGAGGACGCUGAGGGAGAAGAGAUCUCAUCUGCUGCACUGGAGCUGCAGGGACAUGAUCAGGGAAGACAAUCCCAGAGAAACCAGAGAGAGGAAUGGGAGAAAGGUGGAGCUGAUUAGUGGAUCGACAUUAAUCAGCUGUGAUUAUGUUUGUCCUGUAAGUCACUUUUCAAAACAAACAUGCUGAAAUGUACUGCAGUGUGUGUUUAUCUUUGACUUAAAUUAAAGCAAACUGGGUUUUUGUUCUUGGUCAGACAAAACAACCCAUCUGAAGACGUCUCAUUGGGCUCUGGCAACUGGUGAUUGACAUUGUGUUGACAACACUGUUGACUGAUGACUGGGGGAAACUGGCAGAUUAAUCUAUUUAUAAUCAUUAGGGCUGCAACUAAUUAUUUUAAUUUCUUGAUUAAUCUGCUGAUUACUUUCUGUAAAAUGUCAGUAAACAGUGAAAACUGUAUUUUACUGUUUCUCAGAGGCUGCAGUGUCAGCUUCACUUAAAUCCAAACAAAGAUAUUCAGUUUACAAAUUAUAUAAAACUGUAAAUCCUCAAACCAGAGAAGCUGCAACAAAAGUAUGUUUUCUUUUUCCUGAAACAUUUAAAUCAAUUAUUAAAAUUGCCAGUUAGACUAAUUGUUGCAGCUCUAGUGGAAAGGAAAACCGGGGGCUGUAGCCAAAACCUUUAAAAUACAUAGCAUGAGUUUACUAAAUGAUCUGCCUCAGUGCUGAUGUGUCUUAUUAAUUAAAAAAAAGUGUAUUAUUAUUAAAAAUGUUUGCCAGAGAUAA